ACAGACAGACAAAAAACAGACAGACAGACAGACAAAAAAAAAAAAAAAAAAAACAGGAACAGAAUGUAUACUUAUUUGGGAAAAUGGAUCAUGGUCAACAACAGCAAAUGUGAAUGCCCUUUCCUCCCUGCCCACCCAGGGAAGACUACUCCUCUCCAAGUCACCAUUUCGGGAAGCCUCCUGGGGUAUCUCCCCUGGGCUUCCCGGGGACCUGGAGAGGGCUCUUCCAGCAGGUCCGGCACAGUGGACUGGCUUUGUCUGGGCCCUGCCCAGCAGAGAUCAUGUAUCGCCUCCUGGGGCUGCGGCCCGUCCUCAAGGGGCCCAGACCUCACAAUACCGCCCUGUGGUUCCACCGGACAGGCAUGGGCUCCGUGCUGUGCCACCACGGAAUAAGGACAGGGUUCUCUAUCUAGUAGCUCUCAUAGCAGGUGCUCAGUGGAGAAUUAAAGCAGUUAGUGGUGCGCUGCCUGCUGGAGAUCGCAGGCAAUGGAUCCUUGCAAGCUCUGGGAAGCUGCAGUGGCAGCACCCCAAAUAGUUGGUUUUAACAUGGCAGCCUGGGAUGAGCUUGCCUUUUUCAAAUAGUCCGGUAUCAUUUGCCAAAACCAGCCACUUCUUCGAAAGUCAACGUAGAAAAAAAAUCACCAUAGUACUUCGUCCAAACUGACCUCGCCUUGAUCACUUACACUCUCCAUCUGCUGCUGGCACUGUAGAGAACCUGACCUCUAUGAGCUUUUAACCAAAAUUAAUUUUCUAUCCACAUAGGGGCAAAUGCCAGUUGGCCCCUGUGCCAGGCAGCUUGCUGGAAAGAGAUGAUCUUGAGCGGCGGGCCAUCGGCGCACCAAGGCUGCGCUCCCAAACCAUGUUCCCGUGUUCCCGCCGCGCCUGGAAACGGAGCUGCGGCAGCCACAACCCUCUUGUGGCCGUAGCAAAACCCUGCUCCAAGCUCCAGCUACCCAGCGCAACGGCUACAAAGAACCUGGCUGGGUGAAGACCUACUAGGGCCUGGGGUGAGGGGAGCAGAAAAGAGAGGUUCAAAUGACCCGUCCAGCAACUACCCCAGAGCGCAUUCCAACCACUCCUCGGGAAAGCUCAUCCCAUCCCUUCCGUGCAUACAAAGGCGCCAAUCCGGCACGCCCGCAUCCCUCCCACAGGGUAGAUACCGGCUACUACCGCUUUUGCGCCUAGCGCUCAGUACCCUGCCUCAGCUCCGUACAAUCGCCACCGGCGGAGAUCCUCAUCUAGCAACCGUUAAGAGGCGGGAUGCGAGGAAUCCGGGAAAGGUUACGCGCUCAGAGACUCGGGUGAAGCAGAGGACCUGAGCUACAACACACUGAACAUUAGAAAAGGAAUGCUGACCAUAGGCUUAUGAAGCCAAGGCUCCUGGAAGGGGCACCUUUAUUCGCUCUGCGGGGCAGAGGAUCCCUCUCUAAAUCAGGUUUUCCGUCGUGCCCAAGGUGGGUUCCGGCGCGACACUGGACACUAGGCUCAAAUUUGCAGGCCAGGGUUUGGAGAGAGGGGUUCCACACCACGAGGCGCACAACCCCUACCCUCGCCCUAUGCGCUAUUCAAAGUUGCAGUUCCCCUCCAUUUUACACUGAAAUUCAAAAGCCGGCACGGCGGAAUCUUCUGGAAAGGGGCUAAGAUGGAACUCAGGAGGCGGGGGUCGGUGUGGAAAGAGCAGAUGGAUUAUUUUUUCCUCUCCUGGCGAAUGAGGAGCGCCCCCACCCCCCGGCCACCCCUCCUCACGGACCACCCCCCCCCCCCAAGCGCACAUGCGCACUUGGGUGGCGGGCGGAUACUUAAGGCGCGGCCACCGCGGCUGCGGCAGUGCGCCCAACAGCGGACUCCAAGAGACCAGCGGACCUCGGCACACCGGCGGCCUCUGGCAGCGCUCGCACUCAACCACCCACCUACCACUCGCGGAACCAUGGCGGCAGUGGCGGCGGCCUCCGCUGAACUGCUCAUCAUCGGCUGGUACAUUUUCCGCGUGCUACUGCAGGUAAGUGUGCCUGGGCUCCGGGUGGGAGCGGGGUCCCAAUGCAUGCCCCUUGAGCCGGCAAGUCCGCGUCGCAGUUGCCGCUUCCCGGACCCUUCCUGUCCCGAUUGCCGCAUCCCUGCCUGCCCGAGUGCCGCGGCCGGCACCGCGCGCCUGUGCCCGUCCCCUGCGCCCUCCUCCUCGCGCAGACCCUUCCCAGUGCGCCCGCGCCCGGCCGGGAACAAAGAGUUGGGGCGCGGCAGGCACCAGCCGCGAACAAUCAUCGAGACUCUUAGCGACCAACGCGGUGUUCCUGGAAUGCUGCAUUUACUGGGUAGGAUUCGCUUUUCGAAAUCCUCCAGGGACACAGCCCAUUGCGAGAAGUGAGGUAUACCUAAGUUGUGGGUCCAAUCAGCUUGCAGCCAUGCAGCCUUCAGCACAGUUGGAAAAGCUCCAGCUGCCCUGACUCGUGGACAAGCUGCGCCCGCGCCGGCCUCUCCUGGUCGGACAGGCGGGCGGGGCAGGGGGUGGGGCGGGGGCGGGCACCGCAGCGCUGCAGACACGCUGCGGGGGCUCGCCUCUAAGGGCAGGUCCUGGGUCUCUCACCGCAGGUGUUCAGGUACUCCCUGCAGAAGCUGGCAUACACCGUGUCGAGGACCGGGCGGCAGGUGCUGGGAGAGCGCCGGCAGCGAGCCCCCAACUGAGGCCCCAGCCCCCAGCCCUGGGCGGCCGUGUCACCAGGUGCUCCUGUGCAUCUCGACCAGCAUGGGAGCCAGUGCCGCGCAGGAACGGGGGGUCCCCUGUGCUCCCUCGCCAUAGGAGCACUUGCCAAGGUCAGUGAGGGGCCGGUAGGCCCCCGGAGAAGCAGCACCGACAAUGAUGACAAUACCAGAACCUUUCCAAACUCCUCUGCACCCGUCCCACUGCCAGGCGGGGUAGAGGGAGGAGGGGGGUUUGGGGGAGCAGACCCCUGAGAUCUGGGCAUAGGCAGUGCAUUCUUAUCUGGACCAAGUCGGGACAGCAACAUCCCAGCCCGGAAACCACGGCCACGCCAGCAGGCCCCACACCACAGAGAUCCAGACAACCACACCAGCCAGCAGAAUGGACACUCCAGCGCCACCAGCCGAAGCCCUGAAUCUCGGUGCAGCAGACAAGGCGCCAACUGCGUGCCAGUGUGGCGGGACUGGAGGGCGAGGGUGAGGGAGGAGGCGGGUGAAGAAACAGAGUGGGCCCUCUCACUGUCCCUUGCCUACAGCACGUGCAUUCCAGCCUUGCUGCCUUUGCUCCCUCAAUUCCCCCUCCCUCUCACUGCCUCCCAAGCCCACCCCACCCAAAAGAAAUGGAUCACUCAAUUUGGACCUAUACAACCAGUAAACAAACCCCAUCUUUACUAAAACACCUUCUCCGAGCCCCCAGCCCCUCACUGAUCUUGCUUUUCCCUGGUCUCACGCAAUUGUGGUCAAUAUUGUGGUAAUCGCUAAUUGUACUGAUUGUAUAAGUGUGCAUUAGUUGUGUCUCCCCAGCUAGAUUGUAAGCUCCUGGAGGACAGGGACCACCUCUACAAAAAAUAAAAAACCAGUACCUCCCCUGUCUCGCACAGUGUCCCAGGACCCUGCGGGGCAGUGGAGGUGCACCAAAAAGUUGUCUCUUGUGAUUUCUCUUGCGGCUUCGACACAUACUUCUGAGACUGGGCUGACGUGCCCGUUGUGGAGCGGGCACAA